UUUGCACAGUUUGCACGAGACGUGCAGUUUGCACCUGAUCUGCAGCUGCAGGCCUGCAGCCCCCGAGUCCGAAAUCGUUGGACGGGGAAAGGAAAGCGAAACAAGCCACGCUAAGCAAGAUGCACCGAAACCCUCGCGCCGUCAUCCGCGCCGCCGUCUCCCUCACCCGCCGGCCCCCCGCCGUUCCUGCCGCGGAGGCUCUCCAAACCCUGCCUAAAGCGACGCCCUCGCCUGCGCUUGGGGCGUGGCGGCCAGACCAGGCGGUGGGGCCUUUGGGUAGCGUCAGCCGCCGCCGCGCCUUCUCCUCCUCCGCGGCAGAGUAUGGCAAGGAUGUGGACGAGGUGAACCGCAAGUUCGCGGAGGCGCGGGAGGAGAUCGAGGCGGCCAUGGAGAGCAAGGAGACGGUCUACUUCAACGAGGAGGCCUCCAUCGCGCGUGACGCCGCCAACGAGGCGCUCGCUGCUUUCGACGCGCUUUUAGCGCGCCUCCCGCCCACCGACGCCGACGCGCUCCGCCGCUCCAUGGGGCUAAAGAUGGAACAACUGAAGGCCGAGCUCAAGCAGCUCGAGGACUAGCCGACUAGGCUGCGGAAAGGUUUGAGUUUUGCGAGAAAAUUUGGGCGGAAUGUUUGGUUAUACACCUGUUCUUUUGAGAUAGAGAUUCCUAGGUGUUCCGCUUGGUGAAUAAAUUUUAGCACAACAAUCUGUUGCAUUGCC